CGGUCUGACUGCUGCACGAGCAACCCGACUCGAUGGAUCACGAUCUAGUCGCCCUAUAAAUACCAAGCUCCGAUGACCCCGGGCGUGUCGUGUCGGCCGGUCGGCGUCUCGUUUCGCCGGCGCCCGCGCAUCUUACACUGUCCAAGCCAGCGCCUGCGUGCAGGUCGAUCGCCUUCUAAAACCGGCCAGCGCGCGCGUCUAGUGCAGCGGCUGGGAAUGGAGCGGGUGUCGUGCGUGCCGCUGCUUCGGCGGCUGCUUCUCUUGGCCGCGGCCGGGCUCGCGGGCGCCGAGCCGCAGGUGCCGUGCUACUUCGUGUUCGGGGACUCGCUCGUGGACAACGGGAACAACAACAACAUCGCGUCGAUGGCGCGGGCCAACUACCCGCCCUACGGCGUCGACUUCCCCGGCGGCGCGACCGGCCGGUUCAGCAACGGCCUCACCACGGCCGAUGCCAUCUCUCGGCUUCUGGGCUUCGACGACUACAUCCCCCCGUACGCCGGCGCAACAAGUGAGCAGCUCCUCACCGGCGUCAACUUCGCCUCUGCUGCGGCCGGAAUCCGGGACGACACUGGACAGCAACUGGGUGAACGGAUCAGCUUCAGCGCGCAGCUGCAGAACUACCAGGCGGCCGUGCGGCAGCUGGUUAGCAUCCUGGGCGGCGAGGACGCCGCGGCGAACCGCCUGAGCCAGUGCAUCUUCACCGUCGGAAUGGGCAGCAACGACUACCUCAACAACUACUUCAUGCCGGCGUUCUACCCCACCAGCCGGCAGUACACACCGGAGCAGUACGCCGACGUGCUCAUCAACCAGUACGCGCAGCAGCUCAGGACGCUGUACAACUACGGGGCCAGGAAGGUGGCGGUAUUCGGGGUAGGGCAGGUGGGGUGCAGCCCGAACGAGCUGGCGCAGAACAGCCGAAACGGCGUCACCUGCAUCGAGCGGAUCAACAGCGCAGUCCGGAUGUUCAACCGGAGGGUGGUCGUCCUCGUCAACCAGUUCAACCGCUUGUUGCCCGGCGCGCUGUUCACCUACAUCAACUGCUACGGCAUCUUCGAGAGCAUCAUGCGCACGCCGGUGGAGCACGGGCUGGCGGUGACGAACAGGGGGUGCUGCGGGGUGGGGAGGAACAACGGGCAGGUGACGUGCCUCCCGUACCAGGCGCCGUGCGCCAACCGGGACGAGUACCUCUUCUGGGACGCGUUCCACCCGACGGAGGCUGCCAAUAUCUUCGUCGGCCGGAGGGCCUACAGCGCGGCGAUGCGGUCCGACGUUUACCCGGUGGACCUGAGCACGCUCGCUCAGCUCUAGCUAAGGUGCCUGCGGGCUACGCCGUGCCGCAUCAAGAAUUGUCCAAGAUCAGGAUCAAGACUUCUCUCUCGUGAUUGUGCGGGAAUUAAUACGCGGGAGGACGCCGGAGGUCUCAUAUGUUUUGCUUCUAUGGUGUAGAACUUACAGAAUAUGUGUGGGCAUCUUAUACUUGUAUGGAGUAUAUCAGUAUAUGCUAGUUGCAGACGUUUUACAGUGCAACUGUAACUGUUGCUACAAUGUUACUGAAAGAGAAACAGAAGAAAACAAAAACAACAGUCUGUAUAUUCCAGUUUGUAUUGCUUUCAAUGCUGUCUGAUGUACAACCGCAUUGUGAUCGACAGUGAAGCAACAAGUUGCAAAACUAUUUCCAGUGAAACACAAAUCUAUGGUAUAUAAUGAGUUGAUUUUCUAUCAAUCAUGCAUACAAUCCUCCACACGAAAUCAACAACAGGCCCAACUGACUGUUAAAAAUAGGAUCUCGAUGAACGUGAUGAACGAGUGGUGCUGCCCUCAUUUCGAUCUUUCUUCCACAUGCCCUCAAA